CUAACUGCUCCCAGCGCUGGGGGAGACGCUGAGUGCUGACAUGGCGGUUUCCUGGCGGCCGAGGAAAGCGAAGCCUUCAGACUUACAGAAUAAUAAUUUAAUACCUGGAAUACCAAAAAUAUUUAGAGAAAAACCUGGUCCCGAUGGUUGCGAUGAUGAAGCAAAUGAACAUGAUGACCGUGCAGCACGUUCUUUGCUAAAUAAGCUUAUUCGUAGCUCAUUGGUGGAAUCCUAUCACAGUGUGGAAGUGUUACAGAGAGAUCCUAGCUCCCCACUGUUCUCUGUUAAAUCAUUUGAGGAGCUACAUUUAAAGCAGCAGUUACUAGAUGGAGUUUAUUCCAUGGGCUUUAACAGACCUUCAAAAAUCCAGGAGACCGCUCUUCCUAUGAUGCUUGCAGAUCCGCCCCAAAAUUUGAUUGCCCAGAGUCAGUCAGGGACUGGGAAAACUGCUGCAUUUGUCCUUGCUAUGCUGAGCCGUGUCAACCCGAUGAAGAAGUAUCCACAGUGCAUCUGUCUUAGUCCCACAUUUGAGCUGGCUUUGCAGACAGGAGAAGUUAUAGAGCAGAUGGGAAAGUUCUGUGAAGACAUCAAAGUAGUCUACGCAGUGAGAGGAAAUAGGCCCUCCAGUGAUAGCAGAAUUGAAGCCCAGAUUAUCAUUGGCACCCCUGGUACUGUGAUGGACUGGUGUUUUAAACAGAGGCUGAUCGAUGUUGCAUACAUCCGUGUCUUUGUGUUGGAUGAGGCAGAUGUAAUGAUUGACCUUCAAGGUUAUUGUGAUCACAGUAUUCGUGUUAAAAGAGCUAUGCCAGAAACAUGUCAAAUGUUGCUUUUUUCGGCCACCUUUGAAGACACAGUAUGGAGCUUUGCUGAGAGAAUUGUUCCAGAUCCAAAUAUCAUAAAACUAAAGAAAGAAGAGUUAACACUUAAAAACAUACAGCAGUUUUUUGAUCCUUGUGAAAACAAAGAACAGAAGUAUCAGGCACUAUGUAACAUCUAUGGGGCGGUAACCAUUGCCCAAGCAAUUAUUUUCUGUCAGACUCGUAAAAUAGCCAGCUGGCUGUAUCACACAAUGCGAAAAGACGGACAUCAGGUGUCAUUGCUAACUGGAGAGCUAUUGGUCACUGAGCGCGCACGCAUGAUCCAGAGAUUCCGUGAUGGGAAUGAAAAAGUUCUCAUUACAACCAAUGUCUGUGCCAGAGGAAUCGACGUAGAACAGGUUUCUAUUGUAGUGAAUUUCGAUCUGCCGCUACAGCUAGACGGAACAGUAGACUAUGACACAUAUCUCCAUCGUAUUGGCCGUGCGGGACGAUUUGGAAAGAAGGGCAUUGCACUCAGCCUUGUGGAAAAAAGCUGUCUUUACAUGCUGGAUCAUAUUGAAAAGCAAUUCAAUACAAAGAUUAGGCGAUUAGACACUGGAGAUCUCAGCGAGAUUGAGAAAAUUUGCCAUUGA